AUGACAGAUCUCUUGAGAAGUGUUGUCACUGUCAUCGAUGUCUUCUACAAAUACACCAGGCAAGAUGGAGAGUGUGGCACUUUAAGCAAGGAUGAGUUAAAGGAACUACUUGAGAAAGAGUUUCGUCCAAUUUUGAAGAACCCAGAUGAUCCAGACACAGUGGAUAUCAUCAUGCAUAUGUUGGAUCGAGAUCAUGAUCGGCGAUUGGACUUUACCGAAUUUCUUCUCAUGGUAUUCAAGUUGGCAAUGGCCUGCAACAAAGUUCUUGGCAAAGAAUACUGCAAAGCUUCAGGGUCAAAGAAGCGUAAGCAUGGUCGCCGGCAUCAAGAGCAAGAAAGUGAAACAGAAGAGGAAGAAGAGGAUACAGCAGGACAAAACUCAGGUUACAGAUAUUCAAGUUGGAGUGAAGGAGAGGAGCAUGGUCACAAUUCUGAGGGCUUAAGGGGAAGUGUGAAACAGAAACAUGGGUCUGUCUCCAAGAGACGGGGAAGGCAAGGUGAUUCAUCUAGCUCAGAGAGCCAAGAGGGUUUUGAGAAAAGACACCAUGUGUCUAGCUCUGGUCACUCAUGGAAUAGUAGAAAAGAAAAUCAUGGUUCCAACUCCAGAGAUCUGGAGGAAAGAAGUAACAAGUCCUAUGUUAGACCCUCUAGGAAAUCUGGAGAGGAAUAUGAAUCUGGAUCAGAAUCUAAGAGUGAGGGAAGGAAAGGUAAUGAUGGAUUGUCACGGGAAUUGGAGAAUAACAAUCAGGAAUCAAAUUCUACUGAGUCAAGAAAGAGUGGAGGAAAAAAGCCUGGCUCCAGCUCUAAAGAUUCAGCAGAUAAUGGAAAGCAAAGCUCUGCCGGUGGUUCUGGCAAUUCGUGUGGAUGUGGGAGGCCACAAAAUGCUUCUAGUUCUUAUCAGGCAGGUACGUUUGGAGGGCAAGGAAAACAAUCAAGCGGUAUUCAGUCAAGUUGUCAAUCAGGAAGUAGUGGAGGACAAAGUCAUGGAUGUAACUCAAGAAGUCAAUGCUGUGGACAUGGUCAAUAUGAGUCUAGUUCCUGUAGUCAGUCUUCUAGUCAAAGAGGAAAUGGGUCUAGAAUGUGUGGUCAACCACAGAACUGUGGAGGACAACAGGGGUCAGGUUCAACUCAGUCAUCUUGCUGUGGACAAUAUGGUUCUGGAACAAGACAAUCUUCCAGUUCUGGUCAAUUUGGAUCUGGUUCCUGUGGACACUCUACAAAUUCUCAUCAAAAACAGUCUUGUUCAAAUGAAUUUUCAAAAUGUUGCCAACAAGGGUCUGGCUCAGGUCAGUCCUCUGGCUCAGGACAACAUAGGUCUGGCUCAGGUCAGUCCUCUUGUUCUGGACAACAUGAGUCAGGAUCAGGCCAGUCUUCUGGCUCUGGACAACAUGGGUCAAGUUCAGGGCAGUCCUCUGGCUCUGGACAACAUGGGUCUAGCUCAGGUCAGUCCUCUGGUUCUGGACAACAUGGGUCUGGAUCAGGGCAGUCCUCUGGUUCUGGACAACAUGGUUCUGGAUCAGAGCAGUCCUCUAGCUCUGGACAACACGGGUCUAGCUCAGGGCAGUCCUCUGGUUCUGGAAAACAUGGGUCUGAAUCAGGGAAGUCCUCUGGCUCUGGACAACAUGGGUCCAGUUCAGGUCAGUCCUCUGGCUCUGGACAACAUGGAUCCAGGUCAGGACAGUCCUCUGGUUCUGGACAACAUGGUUCUGGAUCAGAGCAGUCCUCUAGCUCUGGACAACACGGGUCUAGCUCAGGUCAGUCCUCCGGCUCUGGAAAACAUGGGUCUAGCUCAGGUCAGUCCUCCGGCUCUGGAAAACAUGGGUCUAGCUCAGGUCAGUCCUCCGGUUCUGGACAACAUGGGUCUGGUUCAGGUCAGUCCUCCGGCUCUGGACAACAUGGGUCUAGCUCAGGCCAGUCCUCUGGCUCUGGACAACAUGGGUCUAGCUCAGGUCAGUCCUCUGGUUCUGGACAACAUGGGUCUAGCUCAGGUCAGUCUUCUGGCUCUGGACAACAUGGGUCUAGCUCAGGUCAGUCCUCUGGCUCUGGAAAACAUGGGUCUAGCUCAAGUCAGUCCUCCGGUUCUGGACAACAUAGGUCUAGCUCAGGUCAGUCCUCUGGCUCUGGACAACAUGGGUCUAGCUCAGGUCAGUCUUCUGGCUCUGGACAACAUGGGUCUAGCUCAAGUCAGUCCUCCGGUUCUGGACAACAUAGGUCUAGCUCAGGUCAGUCCUCUGGCUCUGGACAACAUGGGUCUAGCUCAGGUCAGUCUUCUGGCUCUGGACAACAUGGGUCUAGCUCAAGUCAGUCCUCCGGUUCUGGACAACAUAGGUCUAGCUCAGGUCAGUCCUCUGGCUCUGGACAACAUGGGUCUAGCUCAGGUCAGUCCUCUGGCUCUGGACAACAUGGGUCUAGCUCAGGUCAGUCCUCUGGCCCUGGAAAACAUGGGUCUAGCUCAGGUCAGUCCUCUGGCUCUGGAAAACAUGGGUCUAGCUCAGGUCAGUCCUCUGGCUCUGGACAACAUGGGUCUAGCUCAGGUCAGUCUUCCGGCUCUGGACAACAUGGGUCUAGCUCAGGUCAGUUCUCUGGCUCUGGAAAACAUGGGUCUAGCUCAGGUCAGUCCUCUGGCUCUGGACAACAUGGGUCUAGCUCAGGUCAGUCUUCUGGCUCUGGACAACAUGGGUCUAGCUCAGGUCAGUCCUCUGGCUCUGGACAACAUGGGUCUAGCUCAGGUCAGUCUUCUGGCUCUGGACAACAUGGGUCUAGCUCAGGUCAGUCUUCUGGCUCUGGACAACAUGGGUCCAGUUCAGGUCAGUCCUUUGGUUCUGGACAACAUGGGUCCAGCUCAGGUCAGUCCUCUGGCUCUAAACAUAGGUCUGGAUCAGGUCAGUCCUCUGGCUCUGGUAAACAUAUGUCUAGCUCAGGUCAGACUUCGGGAAGUGGCCAACAUGAGUCAAGCUCAGGUGAAUCUUCUCGUUCUGGACAUGGGUCUGGCUCAAGUCAAUCUUCCAGUUCUAGAAAUAAUGGGUCUGGAUCAGGUCACUCUUCUGGCACUAGUCAACAUGAAUCAAGUUCAAAACAGUUAUCUGGCUCUAGGCAGUCAGGAUCAGGCUUAGGCCAGUCUUCUGGACUUGGCCAAAAGGAAUCAAGUUUGGGUCAAUCCUCAGGCUCUAGAUCCCCUAAAAGACAGAAUAAAUCUGAAAAUGGAAAGAGUGAAUCAACAGUUAAAGAUAGAAAAGAAUGUACAAAUGGUCAAUUGGGAGACACUGAUGAAUAUUCCCAGACCAGUAGCAGACAAUCUAAAUAUUCAAGUUCUAGUACUACCGGCUCAAGAGGAUCUACGCAGAGACAAUCAGGAUCAACUCACAGACAGACAGGAUCUCAACACAGCGAGUCAGGCUCUUCAGUGAAAGGAAGACAGGGAUCUAGUCAUGGACAGUCUGGAGACACUUCCAGACAUAUCCAGACUGGUCAUAGCGAAUCUUCCCAUUCAAGCUCUAGUACUAGUGGCCGAAAAGGAUCUACAAGAAGUGAGUCCAGUGACAGUGAGAGAUAUGCUGGGAAUUCUAAGGGACAAACUGGAUCAACUCACAGACAGACAGGAUCUCAACACAGCGAGUCAGGCUCUUCAGUGAAAGGGAGACAGGGAUCUGGUCAUGGACAGUCUGGAGACACUUCCAGACAUACCCAGACUGGUCAUAGCCAAACCUCUCAUUCCAGCUCGAGCACAGGAGGUCGGAGAGGUUCUAGUCAGAGUGAGUCUAGUGACACUGAGGGUCAUUCCGGGUUUUCUAAAGGACAUUCAGGAUCAACUCACAGACAGACAGGAUCUCAACACAGCGAGUCAGGCUCUUCAGUGAAAGGGAGACAGGGAACUAGUCAUGGACAGUCUGGAGACACUUCCAGACAUAUCCAGACUGGUCAUGGCCAAUCUUCCCAUUCAAGCUCUAGUACUACUGGCCGAAAAGGUUCUACAAGGAGUGAGUCCAGUGACAGUGAGAGACAUACUGGGAAUUCUAAGGGACAAUCAGGAUCGACUCACAGACAGACAGGAUCUCAACAUAGAGAGUCAGGCUCUUCAGUGAAAGGGAGACAGGGAUCUGGUCAUGGACAGUCUGGAGACACUUCCAGACAUGCUCAAACUGGUCAUAGCCAAACUUCUCAUUCUAGCUCGAGCACAGGAAGUCGGAGAGGUUCUAGUCAGAGUGAGUCUAGUGACACUGAGGGUCAUUCCGGGUUUUCUAAAGGACAUUCAGGAUCAACUCACAGACAGACAGGAUCUCAACACAGCGAGUCAGGCUCUUCAGUGAAAGGGAGACAGGGAACUAGUCAUGGACAGUCUGGAGACACUUCCAGACAUACCCAGACUGGUCAUAGCCAAACUUCUCAUUCCAGCUCGAGCACAGGAGGUAGGAGAGGUUCUACUCAGAGUGAGUCUAGUGACACUGAGGGUCAUUCCGGGUUUUCUAAAGGACAUUCAGGAUCAACUCACAGACAGACAGGAUCUCAACACAGCGAGUCAGGCUCUUCAGUGAAAGGGAGACAGGGAACUAGUCAUGGACAGUCUGGAGACACUUCCAGACAUACCCAGACUGGUCAUAGCCAAACUUCUCAUUCCAGCUCGAGCACAGGAGGUCGGAGAGGUUCUACUCAGAGUGAGUCUAGUGACACGGAGGGACAUUCCGGGGUUUCUCACAGACACUCAGGAUCAACUCACAGACAGACAGGAUCUCAACACAGCGAGUCAGGCUCUUCAGUGAAAGGGAGACAGGGAUCUGGUCAUGGACAGUCUGGAGACACUUCCAGACAUGCUCAAACUGGUCAUAGCCAAACUUCUCAUUCCAGCUCGAGCACAGGAAGUCGGAGAGGUUCUACACAGAGUGAGUCUAGUGACACUGAGGGUCAUUCCGGGUUUUCUAAAGGACAUUCAGGAUCAACUCACAGACAGACAGGAUCUCAACACAGCGAGUCAGGCUCUUCAGUGAAAGGAAGACAGGGAUCUAGUCAUGGACAGUCUGGAGACACUUCCAGACAUAUCCAGACUGGUCAUGGCCAAUCUUCCCAUUCAAGCUCUAGUACUAGUGGCCGAAAAGGAUCUACAAGAAGUGAGUCCAGUGACAGUGAGAGAUAUGCUGGGAAUUCUAAGGGACAAACUGGAUCAACUCACAGACAGACAGGAUCUCAACACAGCGAGUCAGGCUCUUCAGUGAAAGGGAGACAGGGAUCAAGUCAUGGACAGGCUGGAGACACUUCCAGACAUACACAGACUGGUCAUAGCCAAACUUCUCAUUCCAGUUCGAGCACAGGAGGUCGGAGAGGUUCUACUCAGAGUGAGUCUAGUGACACUGAGGGUCAUUCCGGGUUUUCUAAAGGACAUUCAGGAUCAACUCACAGACAGACAGGAUCUCAACACAGCGAGUCAGGCUCUUCAGUGAAAGGGAGACAGGGAAGUAGUCAUGGACAGUCUGGAGACACUUCCAGACAUACCCAGACUGGUCAUAGCCAAACUUCUCAUUCCAGCUCGAGCACAGGAGGUCGGAGAGGUUCUACUCAGAGUGAGUCUAGUGACACUGAGGGUCAUUCCGGGUUUUCUAAAGGACAUUCAGGAUCAACUCACAGACAGACAGGAUCUCAACACAGCGAGUCAGGCUCUUCAGUGAAAGGGAGACAGGGAACUAGUCAUGGACAGUCUGGAGACACUUCCAGACAUACCCAGACUGGUCAUAGCCAAACUUCUCAUUCUAGCUCGAGCACAGGAAGUCGGAGAGGUUCUACACAGAGUGAGUCUAGUGACGCUGAGGGUCAUUCCGGGUUUUCUAAAGGACAUUCAGGAUCAACUCACAGACAGACAGGAUCUCAACACAGCGAGUCAGGCUCUUCAGUGAAAGGGAGACAGGGAACUAGUCAUGGACAGUCUGGAGACACUUCCAGACAUACCCAGACUGGUCAUAGCCAAACUUCUCAUUCCAGCUCGAGCACAGGAGGUCGGAGAGGUUCUACUCAGAGUGAGUCUAGUGACACGGAGGGACAUUCCGGGGUUUCUCACAGACACUCAGGAUCAACUCACAGACAGACAGGAUCUCAACACAGCGAGUCAGGCUCUUCAGUGAAAGGAAGACAGGGAUCUAGUCAUGGACAGUCCGGAGACACUUCCAGACAUAUCCAGACUGGUCAUAGCGAAUCUUCCCAUUCAAGCUCUAGUACUAGUGGCCGAAAAGGAUCUACAAGGAGUGAGUCCAGUGACAGUGAGAGAUAUGCUGGGAAUUCUAAGGGACAAACAGGAUCAACUCACAGACAGACAGGAUCUCAACAUGGAGAGUCAGGAUCUUCAGUGAAAGGGAGACAGGGAUCAAGUCAUGGACAGGCUGGAGACACUUCCACACAUGCCCAUGCAGGUCAUGGUCAAUCGUCCCAUUCUAGCUCUAACACAGGAGGUCGGAGAGGUUCUACUCAGAGUGAGUCUAGUGACACGGAGGGACAUUCAGGGGUUUCUCCCAGUAAUUCAGGAUCAACUCACAGACAAAAAGGAUCUCAACACAGCGAGUCAGGUUCCUCAGUGAAAGGGAGACAGGGAACUAGUCAGAGACAGUCUGGAGACACUUCCAGACAUGCCCAGACUGGUCAUGGCCAACCGUCCCAUUCUAGCUCGAGCCCAGUAGUUCGGAGAGGCUCUACUCAGAGUGACUCUAGUGAGACUGAGGGACAUUCCAGGGUUUCUAAAGGACACUCAGAAUCAACUCACAGACAGACAGCAUCUCAACAUGGAGAGUCAGGAUCUUUGGUGGAAGAUAGACAGGGAUCUAUUCAUGGACAGUAUGGAGACUCCUCUAGAAAUUUCCAGUCUGGUCGUCGGCAGUACACUCAUUCCAGUUCCAGUAGUAUUGAUAGAAAUGUAUCUACACACAAUGACUCCCAGUACAGUAGCCAGCAUUCUGGUAGUCCUCAUGGACACUCUCGAUCCCCUCAGAAAGAAACACAAUUUGAACAUGGAGAAUCCAGUUCUUCUGUAAAAGGUAAUCAGAGAAAUACUCAUGAAUAUUCUCCGGAUUCCUCCAGACAUUCUACUUCUGGUUAUGGGCAGUCCACAAAUUCCAGCUCGGGCACAGGUGUCGGUAAGGGGACUAAUCACAGCGAGUCUAGUGGAGGACAUACACAAGGAUCGGGUCAAAGCUGGAGACAUGGUAGCUAUGGAAGAGCCGAGUAUGACUAUGGACAACAUGGUUAUAUACCUUCAUCUGGCAGCAGAGCCAACAGUCGCAAUCCUAGUCCAUUGAGGUCAUCAGAUAGAGUCACAAGUCAGCGUGUUUCAGGUCAGAAACAGUCCGUUCCAAGUUUUUACCUAACUGGAUCAGAAGCAACUGAGACAAAAGGAAGACCCAAUUCUAGUUAUGGAGCCAUCCAACAGUAUUUGGGGUUUGUAUCUUCCCAUGAACAGUUAAGAUACAGCACAAAUUUAGCAAGAGAAGGAUCAAGUAUUGGCCAAUCUGAGGACAAGGGUCAAUCUGUAUUUAAGUCAGAUGGAAGACAAGCAUUUUUCUGUGAUGAAUCAAGAAAAAGUUCUGCACAGGCAAGUGACAACAGACAUAGAAAUCAAGACUCCAUAUCUAGUCAAACUACUCAGAGCCUAGACCCCACAGGAAUAGAAGAUCAUAAGCAUAGGUAUUCAUCAGUAAGUACAACAGUGUGGAGUGGUGGAAAGCAAAAGCAAGAAAUAGCAUCAAAUCUUUCAGAGAGCAUUGGAAAGUAUAGUCAGGAUAUUGGUGAUAAGCAUAAAGGCAUACAUUGUCAUGAAAAGCAGAGAAAAGAAUGGGAUUCUGUUCAUUUGGAUAGUAACACUCCACUCUAUGAAUAUGUCCAAGAACAGAAGUACUAUUACUUUGAAUAACAACAAUUUGAAACCAAUAGACAACAAACUAGCUCACUAAGACAAAAUGAAAUAUCUAACAUGGGAAUAAAACUAGACAAUGCAAUUCCUUUCUUUUGGGAGUGGAGGUAUAUCUCUAUUCUUUUAACUUUAAAGCUUUUGUUUGGUGCAAGGUUUUCAUAAAACUCAUAAUCACUCUUUGAUUAGAAAAUGUUGAAUUAAUGAAAUGAAUAAUAAUCGAUUUAUAUUUGAUUUAUAUUUGUAACUGUACAACAAAGUGAUUUGGUGCUUUGGAAUGAAAUGAACACUUAAAAUAUUUUCUGGGAAUCAGGUUGAUUUUUCCAGAUAUUUUAAAGUGAUUAUUAACCAGGCUAUCCAUGGAGCUGACACAUGAUUUAAGAGCCAAAAUUUCUCUAAUAACAAUGUAAUAAAUUCCAUAUUCUGAGCAAAGGAUAUUAUCAUACUAAAGUUUCAUAAUAAUUGCAUUUUUGUAGCACCUUUGUAAUGUUGUACCGUUACUUUUAUUUUUCAUAAAACAUGCUAAUUAUAAAUCCAGAAAAUUGUAUUGCAUACAAAUUGAUAAUAAAAUGUUCAUCAAUGUA